UAUACUUAUGUUUUAGUAUGCAGUCACCCGGAAGUCUACCUGGUAGACCUUUGUAGGUAAUACACAUUUAAUACACAUUCAAAAACCGUUAUACAGGGCUGAUAUAUCGACAACUAAAUGUUAACCAUAGUUUAAAACAAAGACGAUAGCAAUGAGCUGUGAAGAAAGUCAAAAAAGUUCAAGCAAAAGCCAAUCAAAAGGGGGAAUUCUAAAAAAUUCAAGGAAAGGUCAAGAGGACGAAAACACAGCUCAAGUACCUGUUCCGGCUCACAAAGCCUGUGAACUGUGUGAAGGUGCUUCGUACGAAUGGAAAUGUAUUGAAUGUAAACAGUUCAUAUGCACAAGAUGUAAAGCUAUUCAUAAAAAACAAACUGCUACAAGAAAACAUCAGGUCGUCGAUGUCACUGAUGUUGGCUCUGAUCCUGCGGCUAGUUCAUCAUGCGAUACACAUAAAGAUGAGCCGUACACCUUAUAUUGUAAAGACUGUACAGUUCUCGUGUGUACUAGAUGUAUAACUACUACACAUGAGAGUCAUAGAUUCUGUGAAAUAGAACAAGUAGCAGGGAAAACAAAGAAACGACUGGAAGAAUACGUCGAAAGCUUGAGAGAAAGUCUAAGAAAAUCUAAUGAAGUUGCAGACAGGUUUCACAGAGAUAAAAGGAAAGCUUUGAAAACUUACGAUUCUGUCAUAAAGUCCGUUAACGAAAAUAUAAAAAAAAUCAUGGAGGAUCUAGAAAAGGGUAGAGAGGGGCUGACACAAAUUAUCGAAAAUGCUAAAAGCGAGGCGACACAAGAGGUUAAGCAGUGCGAAAAAGAAUAUGAAGAUAGAAAGAAUAAAAUAUGUAGACUGAUUAAUGCAAGUGAGUUGGCAUUACAAUCGAACGAUAAUAUUCGAAUUGUACAGCACCAGUCAUCAGUAGAAGACCUUAUAGAUGUGUUGCCACCAGAAGUUGAAGAUAUAGAAAUUAAUGUUCCAAAAUUUGUACCCGUUUACGCUACUUUUCCCUUAAAACCAGAAGAAAUUAUAGGAAAAGUGCAUAUUGAUGCAAACAGAGAGAAAAAGAAGCAUCCACCAUUGAGAAAGAAGGAUUCGAUUCUAAGUAGGAUAAGUCUUGACACUGAUGUUGGACCACUGAUGACAACUUCAAUUAGACAUACAUUUCGAGUUCAAUCGCUAAGCGAUCGAAGUGUAGGAUGUCUUGCCGUCGUCAGUGAUAAUGAGGCAUGGGUUGCAUGUCCGUAUGAUCAGAAUGUUUGCUUAGUGCGCAGGAACGGAAGUCUGACAAAAGAAGUCCCUACUGAUUUCAAUAUUUCUGAUAUUGCUAUUACCAAAUCAGGUGACCUCCUGUUAUCUUCGGCUGAGAGUCGAAGCUUAAAACUGCUUUGUAAAGAUGAAAUUGGAUUUCGAGAUUUUAUGGACACGUUCCCUUCCGAACCACAUGGUGUCAGUGUCGCGGGAAAUGGCGAGAUUCUAGUGUGUCUUACGGAUGGAGAUUUUGGUCAUGUGACAAGACUUUCAGAGACUGGGAAAAUCAAGCAAGAAUAUGACACCUAUGUGGUUAAAGACCAGUGCUACCUUCUGAGAAAACCCGUCCGUUGCGUGGAAACGUUAAAUGGAGACAUGUGGAUUUUAGACGAAGCUGCAAAGAAAAUCGUUGUCCUGAACAGCGAAGGGAAUUUUAGAUUUUUAUGGGACGGUCCAAAUAACGAAAACGGUAAAAUACGCAUCGAACCAAGUGGCCUUGAUUGUGAUGAUAAUGGUAAUAUUUUGGUUACAGAUUAUGACAAUGAUAAAAUAUAUCUCAUUAAUGCAGACACUUCAGAGACGGAAACUUUGCAAAUCGAAGUUAAGAAAGAACCCAUAAGAGAUCCAUAUGGCAUUGCCAUACAUGCAGACAAGUUCGUAUGGGUUGGCUGCGAUGACGGAGUGGUACACGUUAUGAGAUACCAGCGACAAAUACCGUGAACAUUAGUUAAUCAGAUUUGCUGUUAAUGUAUUCAUUUUUAAAACAAAAAUUGCAUCUUUUGCACAA